AUGGGGAAGGAUGAUGAUGCGAAGGUGAGUGAGGAUAUUUUAGAGGAAAUUUGGAAUUCUAGAUAUUCUGAAUGGAAAUCUGGAAUUUCAGGAGGGAUUUUGAGAGGAAAUUUGAAGUUUUCCGAAGUUUUCGAAAACUUCGGCGUAGAAUUUGAAAUUUAAAAUGUAGCCUUUGCGGAAGCCCUUGAUGCUUUGCCUAAAAAUGUUUAAUCUCGACUGAAAUUUUCUGAUUUUUGGUUGGAAAUAUACAAAAAAUGGGAUCUGAUGGUUUUUUUCUAGAAAGAUUCGAAACUUCUCAAUUUCAAUAAGUUGUGCUGAAAACCUUUAUGUAAAUGAAAAAAUUAUAAAAAUCUUGAAGAGCUGACACAAAAAAAUCUGACAUUCCAGAUUUUUCUCAGAAAUCUGCUAAAGAACUGGAUUUCAGUCUAGUUAUUCAUUUUCCCUGCUCAAAUCACAAUUUGAAUUGCUAUUUCCAAAAAAUCCCAGACCCCCAAAAUUUUCAAAAUUCCCUCGCAAUCAAACGUUCGGAUUACUGUACAUGCACAUCUAAGUGUUUGCCGCGAAUUCGAGUCCUUCAAAAAUAUUUUUCAUUUUUAUUUUUUUACAAAACGUUUGCACCCAAUUUGUUAUUGUCAUUCCGAAAAAAAAGAAACCCUCUGUUUGAAUUAGCGCUCACGUACAGUAGACUAAGCAUGACGUGACACAUGCACAUCAAACUGGUUGGCAAAUAGCCAGCGUGUAAAUUUCGCAUUUUAUUUUUCAAAUGGACUCCAAAAUUUCGCGAAGUCUACUGUAGUCUUGGUUUUUUAGGCCAUUUCGGUUCUCUUCCAAGGUUCUUAUUUUUUCGGAAUGAUGAUAUAUAUAUAUAUUUUGCACGUUUUCUUCUUGUUCAACUCUUAUUUUUAGCUGAAAUUUUAAUUGUUCUAAAAUCUAAAAAAUCGAUGGGAAAUUAGAGAAAACAUGGAAUUUUUAGGCCAAUCCGAAAAAUUUUUCAGAUAAUUAUUCAUAAUCAGGGAAAAAAUUAUACGAUAUUAGAAAAUCAGCCUUAAAUAUAUAUUUUGCAGAUGUCGUUCCACGGAGAAGGCCUUUUUAGGCGUUUCUUGUAUUUGCAUGGACGCGACAAUUUCACUGAACGGAUCGUUCACUCGUUCACCAUAUGGAUUUUGAUAUUUUUCACCAUUCUACUAUGCUCGAAAAUGAUGUUUGGCGCAAUGAUUGUUUGUCGAUCGCCAAAAGAGGCGCCAGACACUUGGGUCAAUUAUUUCGAUAGUUUUUGCUAUUAUCAGGAUAAGUUCAAGUUGGAUGCUGUGCAAGCUGCUACGUGAGUGCAAAUUUGUUUUUAAUGAGAUUCGUUUUCACUCAAAAAAUCUUUUUUUUUUCAGCCGCAAUACCACACGUGGAAGUUUGAACGAAGUGCUUUUCAAAGAAAACGACGUCAUCUCAUAUUAUCAAUGGAUUCCAUAUUCAAUGAUUGUUCAAAUUGUGCUCUGCUUGCUGCCAGCCAUGGUUUGGCGCAACUUCGGACUUCGAUGUUUCCAUGGCGCUGAUUUCGACGCAGUAUUGCGCGGUUUCAUUGAAAAAAUGCCGGGAGAGGCGAAAGGUGUCACCAUCAAAUGGAUCAAAGAAGAUGAUUGGAAACGAAUGGCGAGGACUGUUCAGAGAUUGUUGAUAUUGAAGAAAACGUGGGUAUUAGGGCGAAAAAUCGCAUUUUGAAUAUAAAUGCUCAAAUUUUCCAGCGAUCUCUUUGGCCUCCGCUCAACAAUGUUCAUCUACGUUGCCCAAAAAUGGAUCGGCUUCUGGUCAUUCGUUUUCCAAUUUUAUUUGCUGGCCAAAAUGUUUGCGAAUGGCGGAAUUAUGUGGGGAGUUCAUGUAAGUAUCGAUAUAAUGUUGUCAAAAUCUAGAGGUUUUUCCAGCUCACUUACAAUUUGCUGCAUUCCGAAUUGGUGGAUCUGAAAGGCGGACUUUUUCCGCGUAUUGUGCAUUGCUCGGUGGAUAAAGCGGUAAGAUUUCAGAAGUUUUCGAGCUGAAAAUAGUUAAUCCCUUAUUCCAGGAACUUGCCAACACUCAUUCCUACAGUCUCAAUUGUCUCUUGGCUCAAAAUUUCAUCAACGAAAAUGUAUUUUUGUUCCUUUAUUGGUGGUUCGUAUUUGCAAUCAUCGUCAGUUUUUGCUCUGCCAUCCGAUUCUCGGCUCUUUUAUUAUCCCCGAGAUAUCAAAGAUACACCACAAGAAGUCUGUUGCCAUGCCAGGAAUAUUUUAUGGACACCACAACUGGCGGCGAUUUCGCCCAACCUGAGAAUAACGAUAUGCUCGAAUAUUUUGUCGAUUAUCUUGGAUGUGAUGGUUAUUUAUUGUUGCAAUUGGUUGGCGAUAUGAUGCAUUUGAUGUCGGUUAGAAUGUUGAGCAAGGAAUUAUGGCGGAGAAUUAUUGUGCAACAAAGACAUGAGGAUGAGGAAGAUGUUGUUGAUGUGAAAAGUGAAGAGGAAAAGAAGAAAGAGGAGGAAAAUCAGGGAUGUGGUGAUUCGACACAACCGACAGCUCCACCAAUGGAUGCGAGAUAUUAUGCAGGAAAGGAUGGAAAGAAGGAGAAGAAGAAGCAGAAAGAAAAUUCGGAUCAGAAACAACCGUUGAUCGAGGAUAGGGUUAGAAUGAUUUUUGGGUGUAAAAUUACAAAUUUUUUUUAAAUCUAGAACUUCUAGUCUUCUAGACCGAAAGUUCAGAAAUAAUAGAUUUUUGGCUGUUUCAUUUUUUGAAAAACAAAGGAUUUUGCUCUGAAAAUAGAGAAUCCUAGAUUUUCCCCUGCAAUUUUAGGAGUUUUGUAAAUUUUUGAUACAAUUUCCACGUGAACUAAAUGACGUGGCAAUUUGGAAAUCAGACAUUUUUAGUUUUUAGAACUCAAAAACGUAUUAUUCUAAAAACCCCAAUUUCCAGCCGUCUUCCUCUUCGUCUACCAAAUCAUCCACCACAGUUUCCCCACCACCACCACUUCGCUAUCGAAAUCAAAAACCCGACAUUUUCCGAAAUGCCAACGAGGAUUCCGACAACUCUCCGGUUUUUCGAAAUUAA